AUGAAUUCUGAAGAUGAAGAACCGACUAUAAAACCAAAAGUGUUUAAUAUAUCUAAACUUUUAAACUCAAAUCGUGAAAAACCAGGAAUUGCUUGCAUAUUCUUAAGUCAAUUUGACAUGAAAAAGGGAAAUAUCAUAAUAUGGUCUAAAAGCGUUAAUGAUGCGGCAUUCGACUUGAGCAAUAUUGAAUUCAAGUCGUUACCAGCCGGUAUUCACGAGCAAACUGACGAUGUUGUCAAUUUUGUAGUUCCCAAAGCAUUGGAUGCCAGUCAUACUGGCAAGAGGACAACUUAUGAUUACGGUAUUGCCUAUUUCAAACAAAAUUCUUUCGAUAUUAUUGAGAAUGAUAAACAGGUUGAUAGGAGUAAAGUUCAAAUGUUUUCUCUUGGUGUAAUUAUCGAUGUCCAAGAUGUCUCAUCAGAUAGUAAAAAGCAAUUUUAUAACGAAAUAUACCAUGCGUACGGUGCCAACAGAUAUGCAAGUUAUCUAAAAGAGUUACUCAGUCAAUGGAUAAGGCAGCAUGAUCUUGAUAAAUUUGAUAUCUUUGAAAGAUUUUUUGAGGAGAAUAAUCAAGGGCGCAUGGCUGAAAAUUCAGUUGAAGUCUUCGAACAUUUAACUAAAGAAAGAAGGCACUUGGUUGAGUAUUUGCCGUAUUGGACGAGAAAGUUAGGCCCUCUAAUAUUUCCACUUUGGAAAGCAAGUCUCUUUCAGUCGAGGAUAUUAAUACUAGUUCCUCAAGGAGAAUCGUUCGAAUUAUGCAAUUCGUUAGCCUAUUGCGUCUUCUUAAUAUCAAUGCUUCCAAAAACCUUAAUAGGCAACCAUGUAAGUGAUGAAUACAUUAAGCCCCUUUUCACGGUAUCAACAUCAGAUAUACCUUUUUUAGAGUCAUUUCAAAAAGGAAACGGUUAUGUGGCUACCACCAGCGAGGAGAUUUUGUUGUAUAAGCCUGAAAUUUAUGACAUAGUACUCAAACUUACUUCGAAUUCAAUUAUGGAAGAAUCUCUAGAAAAAGAGGUGGAAAUCAUCACCGCAUCUGGUGAACAAAACAAAGCAACCCCUCUUGACUUAGAAACGUAUGAAAAUUUUAUACUUGGGGUGUUACAAGAAGAUGCUUCAACAAAUACGAAAAGUAGACUCCAUGGGGUGACAGAACCUAUAUCAUGGCUACAGUAUUUAAUCGAUGGAUUUUUUCUUCUAACUACAGCAGGCUAUCUGGUGGCGCCCUAUCACCUUGCAAAGAAUUUCAGAAUUCCGAAGCAUGUUUCUGGCCCAGAAGCCCACGAUUCGGAGAUACAGAUCGCUGAAAACUUAGUUCGCUAUUUUCACCUCAGAACAUCAAAUUUGUACAACAUUCUGAAGGAUGUUAUUCAAAAAAGUGAAAAUAUUGAUUCAGAACAACCGAUUACUAUUGCAGCUUCAUUUUUAACCGAGUUAAAUUUAGAUUGCUUUAGCAAACAAGAUCAUCAAUUCGUCAAGGAUAUCACCCGUAAAUGGUUCCAAAGAAGCAUCGAUAUUAGUAAUAUACCAGAAUGUUUGGGGAACCUCUGUUAA